ACGCGUGAUCUGUUUCAGAGAAAGAAAUCGUCGAACACCUCAUACACGCGUAAAAAUAGCACUGCUACUCCGCCAAAGGUGCCAGGUCCAACCCUAAUCAGAUUUCCUCCCACCUUCCAAUUCAAAAGAAAUCCAUCCCCCAUACCUCUCCUUCUAUUUCUAAUCGCCUUAAUACCCUUCCCCUCUUCUUCCCCCAAUUCCUACCAGGCAAAACCCGAAUCAUUCCUUCUUGAUGGGCCGCGGCGCCAUGGGACAACUCGGAAGUAAUCAUCUCCGGCAACUCCGUGACAUUUUCUCCCGCUUCGACAUGGACUCGGACGGCAGCCUCACCCUCCUCGAACUCGCCGCACUCCUCCGAUCCCUCGGUCUCAAGCCCACUGGCGACCAGAUCCACGCGCUUCUUUCCAGCAUGGAUGCCAACGGUAACGGGACCGUGGAGUUCGAGGAGCUGGCGGCGGCCAUCACCCCAUUGAUGAGCGAGCAGGCGCUCGUCAACCAGGAGCAGUUGCUCGAAGUGUUCCGAUCCUUCGAUCGUGACGGAAACGGCUACAUAUCGGCGGCUGAGCUCGCGCGGUCCAUGGCGCGGAUGGGUCAACCUCUCACGUUCUACGAGCUCACCGCAAUGAUGCGCGAGGCUGAUACCAAUGGCGAUGGUGUCAUUAGCUUCAGCGAGUUCGCCGCCGUCAUGGCUAAAUCAGCACAUGACUUCCUCGGCUUCGCCAUCUCCUCCUAGGGUUUCGAUUCUCCUCCUUCGAGCCCCAUCGCCGUCGUCGACAUUGGUCGGCCGAUCAGUUUGCUUUUUUAAUUCUGAUCUUAAUGGUUAAUUUUAUUGCUAAUUUAUAAAUCAAUGUACAGAUCUUUUUUGAAAAAAAAAAA